GUUUGAAUUUUAUUUUUAUUUAUUUUAUCCGCUGUACCAACCUACCGAGAAGGCCCCUGGUGCGUUCCAAGAUGGCGGCCUGGUUACGGCGAUGCGCUCUGUUCGGCAGACUCGGAGUGGCAGCGGAGCGGCCAGUUACCAAAAGGUGCCUACUCUCUGCAGCUUAUUUGAACAGUGAAAAAUGGGACCAGAGAAAGGAAGAUCCACACAGGCUGGCGGAAUUAGCUGCACAAAUGGACAUGACUUACGAAAAGAAACUUCCUGUCAGCUCCUUAACUAUAGCACGGUUUAUUGACAACAUUUCCACAAGAGAAGAGAUUGACCAGGCUGAAUAUUAUCUUUACAAGUUUCGGCAUAGUCCAAACUGCUGGUACUUACGAGAGUGGUCCAUCCACAGCUGGAUUCGACAGUGUCUGAAGCACAAGGCUAGCGACAAGGCCUUGCACACCUUAAGAAACCAGGUACAAUAUGGAAUAUUUCCAGAUAACUUCACAGCAAAUUUACUGAUGGAUUAUUUCAUCAAGGAGGGAGACUUUACAAAUGCCCUUGCUGUCGUCAAUGAACUGAUGCUCCAGGAAAUGUUUGAUGAGAAAUGCACGCAGCUUCUUUCCCUCUACGUUCUGUAUAAAUAUCUGCACGCUAAACCAGAACUGAAGUUGGAAGAUGAACGAAAUAUUGGUGCAUCAUUGUUUUUGCUUGGGCUGAAGCAGAACAACACAGUUGGUUUUAGCUCUCGGCUUUUGGGUCUUGCGUUCAUUGGGAAAGUUGAAGUGUAUAAAGGAAUCCGUGCAGUUUACACCAAAAUGCCCCUGAUCUGGACGCCAAGAUAUUUAAAUCGAGCUUUAAGUGUAAUGGAGGACAUAGUGAAAUCAUCAGAUGAAAUAAAGCUUUGUAAAGAAGCGGUGGAUGUCAUGGCAACAAUAUUGGAGACUGCAGCAACUGAAACUAACGAAUCCACAGUGACUGAAGAAUCACAGGAAAGAAAACCAGAAGUUGCACCUGAUGAGGAGGAUUUUAUUGAAAGAUCAAAUAUUCCAGGCUACUUAAACAAAUUUAAGGAACUACAUGCAAGACUAGAAUCACUUGGAAAGAUAGAAGAAGAAAGUCUAUUGGCACAGACGGACAAGCUCAUCAAAGAAAAUCUUUCAUUAUAUGAAAAUGAUGAGAUCCUUAAUUAUGAGAAGAAGUUAGAAAAAUGGGAAGAGGAGCGUGCUGGAUUGAUUCAGCGUGAAAAAGAAUUGAAGGAGAAAGUUCGUCAAGAAAGAGAAGCUAGACUAGCAGCAAAAGCUAGAAAUUAACCCUAUUUAAGUUCUCCUUUACCCCAACCUCUGGACCUUCUAUGAAUAUUACUGUAUUGAUUAAAUAAUGCCAUAAAACAUACUAAGUGUAAUAUUUUUAAUAUUCUAAUUAAAAGCAUUUAUAAUUCUUGGUGAAUAAAAUCUAAAGCUGAAGAUGUAUAUUUUCCCCAAGGUAAUUUUAUUUGGACUGCUGUGAAUGAAGUAGAUCACAGGAAACAGAACAGCUUCUAUAGAAACAGAAACAGCUAACAUUUCAGAGUUAAAAAGGGACUUUGAUGUGAAAUGUUAACUGUUUCUUUCUCCACAGAUGUUUCAUGAUCAGAGUGAUUACAGUGUUUUUUGUUUUGAUUUCAAAUUUUCAGUCUUUGUAGUUUUUGAAUUUAAUGCAAAAGGAAUUGAGUGCAGGAACAAAGACAUCUUGUUUAACAUGCAGUGCCCUGCUGAGACUUGCAUCAGCAUUGUACAUUCUUUAUUUUUUGGGAUCUUGUCAUCACGGUGAGGACAGCAUUUAUUGCCCAUCCUAAUAGCCCUCGAAAAGGUGCUGAUAAGCCACUCUAUUGAACUAUCAGUGCUCUUUGGUAGGAAGAAACUGUGAACAGAACAUGUGAUACAUUUCCAAGUGUGGAAGAAGUCAGCUUGGAAGGAAACAGCAGAUCGUGACGCUCCCAUAUAAUUGCAGCAUUCAUUUAGUUAGAGGUUGAAGGUAUUGUAUGUACCGUGGGAAUUGACUGAGAAAAAUUGUAAGAGGUUAAGUAGUUAAACAAGCUUAAUAGAUUAAGUGUAAUAAAUAGUGUAUUUUGUAAAUGAAAACACAAAAACACAAACAUCACCCCUGGAUGAAGGGUUUCCGCCCGAAACGUCGUCACUACCUCCUCCCAUCAAUGCUGUCUGGCCUACUGAGUUCUGCCAGCAUUUUGUGUUCUUAUUUAUUUCUAGUAUGUGCAGAUUCACUCGUGUUGCCUAUUUUAUAGAUGAUACUGCAGCCGGUGUUCUGGUGAAAUGGAUGAUUUAGUCCUGAUUGGUUUGAGUGCCUUGAAAGGUUGGUAUUGCACUCAUCUGCUAAGUGGAAAGUUUUCUAUCACAUUCUCUGAUUUAUUGUAGCCAUGCCAUUUAUCUGACUGGUCCAAUUACCAUUAAAAGGUACAAACCUUAAUACAAUUUAGAAAGUAAAGUUGCAUUGAAAGUUAGCAUUUUAGAUAUAUUCAAGUUGUUUGAGUGAGGUUGUAAAAUUUUAAAGUUAUGAAGUUUCCAUUGGAAAGUUAGUUUGUUAUUUUAGGAGAAUUGUCCACUGAUAUCUUUAUUCCACUUUAACAGAUAACUUUAACAUUGUUUCAAAUGGAUUGUUGAGACCUUAAUGGGAAAGUCCCUGUUUUAAAUGCCAGUUCCACGUAGCUCUCAAAUCCCCAAUUUAUCAAAAAUAAUGCUUUCUUUAAAUACAUCCACUAGUCAACACGGCCAUCUAGGGUAGAGAUUCACCAUUUGUGAGAAGAAAUUACUGCUGUCUUAUUUUGUAACUCGAUAUCUAACCUUUCAGCUUUUGGGGGAUCACAGCUUUUGGCCAGCCUUUUAUGUGCCUUCUAGAAAUGCAAAUACACUACAACUGCAGGUUUUUAGCCCGCAAUUAUUUAGCUAGAAGGGCUGAGUGGCUUAUUUAUAUAUUCUUGUGGAUUCACACAUGGCACAGAAACAGGCCCUUCACCUUAUCCCAUAUGUAACAUCUUAAUGAAUACACAAGAAAACUGCAGACGUGCGGUGUGGGGUAAAAUACAAAGUACUAGAGGAACUCUGUAGGUCAGGCAGGAUUUGUAGCGGGAAAUGGACAAUCAACAUUUUGAUUCAAGAACUUCAUCUGGACUGAAAGCAGAGUGUUGGUCAGUAUAAAGAGAUGAGAAUCAAGAGUUGGCAAGUGAUAGGUGGAUCUAAAUGAGGGGAUGUGAUAGGCAGAUUAGAAGGAAGGAAGGAUGGUAAUGGUAAUAGAGGCUUGGAUGUGAUAGGAGGAGUCAACUAAAGGCUGCAGAUGAUGGAAUUUCAGGGAAGGAAGAUAGAGCAUUGAACCAAAUAGUUGGGUGGCAGGCGGGAAUAGUGGGGUGAAAUAAUGACUGGAGGCCUAUGACCAGUGGUCUUCUGCAUGGAAAGAGUUAAUGCUGGGACCUCAGUUGUUUAUAUAGAACAAUUGGAAAUAUAGGCAGAAAAAUGGUAGAUGGAAUUUAAUGUGGACAAUUCUGAGGUAUUGCACUUUGGAAAGUCAGAUGUAUGAGGAAAAUAUACAGUAAAUGGCAGGAAUUUUAGGAGCAUUAAUGUAUAGAGAGAUCUUGGGAUGGAAGUCCAUAGCUCCAUUGAAGUGAAAACCCAAGUCAAAAGAGUGGUAAAGAAAGCACGUAGUAUAUCAUUUGGAACAUUGAGCAUAGUCAGGAAGUCAUAUUGCAGCUUUGUAAAAUUAGUUAAGGCACACUUGGACUCUACAUGCCACAGUAAAGGAAGGAUCCAGUGGUUUUGGAGAGCGUGCAGCUGAGGUUAAUCAAGAUGAUGAUUAGAGGGAGUAUAAAGAGGGGUUGGUCUAACCUGGAUUGUCUUCUCUAGAGUGGCAGAGGUUGAGAGGGUGACAUGAUAGAAAUAUAAAAUGAUGAGAGACUUCUUUCCCGGGGUAAAAUGUGAAAUAAAGUGAGAAGGGUAAAGUUUAAAGGAGAUUUACAAGGCAAAUUAUUUUUUUAACAAGAAAGGUAGUUGCCAGGGGCACUCCUGGAAGCAGAUGCAAUUGCAACGUUUUAGAUAGGCACAAAUAAGAGCAGGCAGGUGAUAUUGGGAUGUAGGCCAUGUGCAGUUAGAGGUCAUUAAUUUAAAUAGGCUUCAUGGUUGGCACUGACAUAGGCUAAAGGCUCCUGUGCUGUACUGUUUUAUGUUCUACCUUUUGCACAUGGCUUUGUUAACAAACCAGAGAAGGUCACCUUUGUGGCUCUGUUUUCCAAUUAUGCCCCACAUUGCUUAUUAUCCCUCAGCAAAACUCUUCCCCUCCUGCUCCAUUCUGGAAGAUAGAUCCAUAAUGCUAAAAUCUGGCAGGAAACUUUAUUUUAGGGACUUUUCAUCCUUGCAAUAACUAAUGAAGCUCCAACUUGAGCUCAUCAACUCUGAGCUGCAGAUCCUUCAGCAGACAAUAGUCACUGUGAUUCACAAUAGGGUGCACCAGUUCCCGAAUGUUAAUAUUACAACACAUCCUCUGCCUAGCCAUCUCUUCUAUUUAGGAACUGGAUUGAUUUUAAUUAUUUUAAAUGUGUACUUACUCCUUUGAUAUACUAUUGUUCCCUGACAAAUCUCUCAACCAAACUUGGCAGUAUGGAGGAUCAGAGGGAUCUUGGGGUCUGAGUGCAUAGGACGCUCAAAGCUGCUGUGCAGGUUGACUCUGGUUAAGAAAGCAUAUGGUGCAUUGCCUUCAUCAACGAUGAAAUUGAGUUUAAGAGCCAAGAGGUAAUGUUACAGCUAUAUAGGACCCUAGUCAGACCCCACUUGGAGUACUGUGCCUAAUUCUGGUCACCUCACUACAGGAAAGAUGUGGAAACUAUAGAACAGGUGCAGAGGAGAUUUACAAGGAUGUUACCCGGAUUGGGGAACAUGCCUUAUCAGACUAGCCUCAGUGAAUUUGGUCUUUUCUCCGUGGAGCGAUGGAGGAUGAGCGGUGACCUGAUAAAGAUGUAUAAGAUGAUGAGAGGCAUUGAAUGUAUGGAUAGAGAUUUUUUCCUCAGGGCUGAAAUGGCUAACAUGAGAAGGCACAGUUUUAAGAUGCUUGGAAGUAGGUACAGAGGAGAUGUCGGGGUAAGUUUUUUUUAACGUAGAGAGUAAGAAGUGCAUGGAAUGGGCUGCCGACAACAGUGGUGGAGGCGGAUACAAUAGGGUCUUUUAAGCGUCUCCUGGAUAGGUACAUGGAGCUUAGAAAAAUAGAGGGCUAUGGGUAACCCUAGGUAAUUUCUAAAGUAAGUAUAUGUUUGGCACAGCUUUGUGGGCUGAAGGGCCUUUAUUGUGCUGUAGGUUUUCUAUGUUUCAAAUGGAAGAAAUUGGAAAACCUAACCACCAAUCACCUAGCUGUUAUCUGUGACAUCACAUUUUCACAUUUUAGCACAGGUACAAAACUCUAAUUGGGCCCGUGUCUUCUGUUCUUUGUACACUCACAUCUGACUCAACUCACCUACUUAUUUAGCACUACUAUCAUACUAUGCAGCCACAGGACCAGAGUUGAGAAGUUCCCUCAGACCCUUCUCACCCACUUAAAUCCAUGAGAUCACCACACUGCUAUGAAAAAGGUCCAUACUAAUUUCUCUUGAUACCCUUUUCUUAUAUCCGAAAAACAUGAGUUCCCUCAGUUGAAAUUAAUUGAUCUCAAUUGAAAAGUUUACAAUUGCAAUGGUUGUCCCUUCUGUAGAUACCUUGUUUACCUCCAUACCUGAAACUCCAGGCUGCAACUAAAAAUGCCAAACUGACUUUAGCUGUUUAAAUCAGUUUACACUGCUUCUACAAUCAUAAUUGGUUAAAAUACAAACAUGAAGUGAAGAUAUAGUUUAAAAACAUGAUGGAUGUAGCCCUAUGUAUUUUCAGCAGACCUUUCAAUUACCAUCUUUUAGAUCUAAAAUGAUACAUUUGAGAAUAAUGAUUUUUCAAAAACAAUGUCAACAGCUGGUUAGGUCACCGUUCUGAAUAGACACAGUUGAUAAAACUUGAACUAAUGUAACAUCUUUAGAGUGGAAGAUUUUCUUGGUUAACGUCCAACAAAUAUUUUAAAUCUAACAUCUAAUAUUGAUAUUCCUUGGGAUUUUUGAAAUGGUCAUUUAUUUUCUGAGAUCAGUUAAAAGGAACUUGAAAAGGAACAGUGCCUUGCAAUGUUUCCUGGGUAAGUACAUGGCUAAGGCAAUUUCACAUGAGAAGUUUAGUGAACUAGUGCAAGUGUGAAAUGAACACGGGAUGUGGUUACCUGAAGUAAUUCAAUGUUCAUACCAUUGGCUAUCCAAAAGGAUACAAGGCAUUAAUUUUCUAAGUUGAAUUUGUUCUUGUUGUGGCAGUGGAGAAGAUUGAAGACUGAAGCUCCAGUCAUUGUGGUGAUGGGGAGUAGCAGUGAGAUACAACAGAAGCCCAAUGGCAAUUGUGGAUAGAGCAGCUAAGUAUCUAAUGACUAGAUAAUGUUGAUCAUACUAUAAUUCCCAACAGUUCAACAUUGAAUUCAGUAAAUUCCGAUAAUGCAAACUUCUGAGUUUAUUUCAGAACUAGCAAGUCAUCAAAUCUGUAAAGAUACCUCAGUUUUUCUCUCCAAGACUUGCAAGGCAUUUCUAGUACUCCCUUUCAUUUAUGAUUUCCUGUAAUUUUGGUGUUUUGUCCCAUACUGUAAUUCCAGCACUUUUCCUCUUGCUCCAUUUCUUAUCAAUCAUCUCAUUUUAGACUAGCAUUAAUUGAAUUUCAUAUCUGGAAUCCUGAUGUAGAGUCUUGACGUGAUGUAUCACUGUAGUUUUGGUUAUUUCAUAAAGUGACAUCAAUGAGACAUAUAAAAUCCUUGUGAGGCUUGAUAGAGUAGCUACCCAGCUGGUGUUUCCUCUGUUAUGUGUGUUGAAAAAUCUCUAAGUCAGGAACUGGCUAUUUAGGACUAACAUGAGUAGAUUUUUCUUUCAUCCAAUGAAUCCUUGGAAUUCUCUAUCCAAGAAGGCUGCAGGUCUGAGUUGCACUGUUCAAAACACUGCACACCUGAGCAAUGAAGGGUUAUGGAAUUGGUUCAGGGAAGUACAGCUGAGGAAGGAGAUCAUCGAUAAUAAUGACAAAGCAGGCCUGAGGUUCAAAUAGCCUACUUCUUAUAUUUCUUAUGUUAAACAUUAUACACUAUUUCCAAAUGUCUUUGGAUGAGUGGCUGAGAAAGUAGUGCAGGGGGAAGGGUUUCAGAUUUCUGGAUCAUUGGGAUCUAUUCUGGGGUUAGGUAUGAGCUGUACAAAAAGGAUAUGUUACACCUGUAUCCGAAGGAAACCAAUGUCCUUGCAGGCAGGUUUGCCAGAGCAUUUGGGGAGGGUUUAAACUAAUUUGGUGGAGGGAUGAGAAUCAGAGUGAGUGGACUGAGGUUAGGGCAAAUGCAAUACAAGUUGAUGCACUGUGUGGAAGGACGGCAGAAUUGCAAGAUCGACAGUUAUGAUUGUGGGCAUCACUGAUUCAUAACUGAAAGAAGAUCAUAGCUGGGAGCUUAACAUCCAAGGGUAUACCUUGUAUUGAAAUGAUAAGCAGAGGAAGUAGGGAGGCUGUGUUGGUUAAAAAGUGAAAUCAAAUUCAUGGAAAGAGGUGACAUAGGAUCAGAAGAUAUAGAAUCCUCACUGGCAGAGUUAAAAACUGCAAGGGCUAAAAAGAUCCUGAUGGGAGUUAUAUACAGGCCCCUAAGCAAUUGACAGGAUGUAGGUGAUAAAUUUCAAUGGUAAAUAGAAAAGGCAAUGUUAUGAUCUUCAUGGGGGAUUUUAGUAUGCAGGUAGAUUGUGAACAUGAGGUUGUUACUGGAUUCCAAGAGAAGGCUUUUUUUAAGAGCAGCUUGUGACUGAACCCACUAGGGGUAAGUCAGUUCUUGAUUUGGUAUUAUAAAGAACCUGGUUUGAUUAGUGAACUUAAGGUAAAGCAACCUUGAGGAGAGGUGAUCAUAAUAUGGCAGAAUUUACCCUGAUGUUUGAGAGGGAGAAGAUAAACUCAGAUAUAUCAGUAUUACAGUGGAGUAAAGGGAAUUACAGAAGUGUGAGAGAGGAGCUAGGAAAAGUUGAUAGGCAGGAAACACUAGUAGGGAUGAUGGCAGAACAGAAAUAGUGGAGUUUCUGGAGGCAAUUUGGAAGGUGGAGAAUAAGGUAAGAGAGGGCAUGUAAUACAGCACAAAUUAGUGAAAAGCUUUUUAAAAACCAGCAGAAGACAAAUUUUUAAAAAAGCAUAAGGAAAGAAAAGAGGAUACCUAAAAAAAAUUUUCACCCUAGAUAUACAGAAGAGUAAAAGGGCCAAGGGUGGAUACUGGACUGCUGGCAAAUGACGUUGGAAGGGAAGUACUGGGGGACAAAGAAAUGGUGAAUGAACCUAAUAAUUCUUUUGCAUCAGUCUUCACUAUGAAAGACACGAACAGUGUGCCAAAAAUUUUGUGUGUCAGGGGACAGAAGUGAGUGUAAAUGCUGUACUAAAUAGAAGGUGCUUGGGAGGCUAAAAGGUCUGAAAUUAGUUAAGUUAUCUGGACCAGAUGGAUGAUGCCCAUUUGAAAGAGAUAUCUGUUGCUUUUGUGGAGGUGUUAGUAAUGACUUUUCAAGAAUGACAGGAUUCUGGAAUGGUACAGGAAGACUGGAAAAUUGCAAAAGUCCUUCCACUCUUUAAGAAUGGAGGCAGAAAAAAGGAAAUUAUAGGCCAGUUAGCCUGACUCCAGUGGUCGGGAAGAUGUUGGAGUCCAUUAUUAAGGAUGAGGUUUCAGGGUACUUGGAGAUGCAUACUAAAGUAGGCCAAAGUCAGCAUAGUUUCCUUAAGGGGAAAACUUGUCUGACAGAUCUGUUGGAAUUCUUUCAAGCAGAAUAAACAAAAGGGAGUCAGUGGAUGUUGUUUACUUGGAUUUUCAGAAGUUCUUGGACAAGGUGUCUCAGGUGAGGCUGCUUAACAAGAACCCAUGUUAUUACAGGAAAGAUACUAGCAGGGAUAGAAGUUGGCUGAAUGGUAGGAGGCAUAGAGUUGGAAUAAAGGAGGCCUAUUUUGGUUGACUGCCGGUGAUUAGAGGUGUUCCGCAGGGAUUGGUAUUAAGACCUUCUCUUUUCAUGCUAUAUCAGAACAAUUUGGAUGAUGGAACUGAUGGCUUUGAGACCAAGUUUGUGGAUGAUUCAGAGACAGGUGGAGGUGCAGGUAAAGUGGAGAACACAGGGAGUUUACAAAAGAACUUGGACAGAUUUGGAGACUCCCUCAUCAUAGCAAACAAAUUCUCCACAUUCGCUCGAUUGAGAUCUUUCAACAUUCAAUAGGUUUCAAUGAGAUCCCCUUCAUUCUUCUAAAUACCAGUGAGUAAAGGCCAGGGCCAUCAAUUGCUCCUCAUAAAAUAAGCCUUUAUUCCCAGAGUCCUAUUUGUGAAGCUCCUCUGAAUUUUCUCCAAUGUCUGCACAUCCCUUCUUAACUAAAGGGCCCAAAACUGCUCACAAUUCUCCGAGUGAGGCCUCACCAGUGCCUUAAAAAGCCUUAGCAUUACAUCCUUACUUUUAUAUUCUCGUCCUCUCAGAAUGAAUGUUAACAUUGCAUUGGCUUUCCUCACUAUUGACUCAACCUUCAAACGAACCUUUAGGGAAUCCUGCGUGCGGACUUCCAAGUCCCUUUGCACCUCAGAUUUUUUGUAUUUUCUCCCCAUUUAGAAAAUAGUCUAUGCUCUUAUUCCUUCUGCCAAAGUGGAUGACCGUUCAUUUCCUGACACUGUAUUCCAUCUGCCACUUCUCUGCUCAUUCUCCAAAUCUGUAUAAGUCCUCCCUCCCUGCUUCCUCAACACUACCUGCCCCUCCACCUAUCAUCAUAUCAUCUGCAACCUUGGCCACAAAGCUAUCAAUUCCAUCAUCAAAAUCAUUGGUGUACAACAUAAAAGGAAGUGUCCCAACAUUGACCCCUAUGGAACACCACUCGUCACUGGCAGCCAAUCAGAAAAGGCUCACUUUAUUCCUACUCUUUGCCUCCUGGCGAUCAGCCAUUACUCUUAACCAUGCUAGUAUCUUUCCUGGAAUACCAUGGGCUCUUAUCUUGUUAAGCAGAGGGCACAGCCUCAGAAUAGAGUGGCAUCCAUUUAGAACAGAGGUGGGAAGGCAUUUCUUUAGCCAAGUGAUGGUGAAUCUCCAUUGCCACGGAUGGCUGUGGAAGCCAAGUCAUUGAGAAUAUCUAAAACAGAGGUUGAUGGGUUCUUGGUUAGUUAGGGCAUCAGAGGUUUCUCAGGGGAGGCAGGAGAAUGGGGUUGAGAGAUCAGCCAGGGUGGAAUGGUGGAGCACAGUCAAUGGACCAAGUGGCCUAGUUCUGCUUGUUAUCUUAUAAAUGAUGCUGGUCAAGUCACUUGAGCAGCCAGUCUGAGCCUUACCUGAAAAGUAGAAGACACACUCCAGCUGCCCGCUCCUAGAUUGUAACAAUGUAGGAUUGUGUCCUUAAAGUCCUGAGCCCAACAUUUCUAAGAAGCAAGGGUACUAGCAAGUAAACCGAGUUAACACAUUAAUUGGGAGUUGGUGCUCGUCUUCCCCCAUUACAAAGUAACUCAGAUCAUCGUAAACUAUUCAAUGUACAGUCUCAUUCGAGAGCUGCAAAAGAUUAGAACAUUUUGUUUCAUCAUCAUGUCAUUGUUGCAUCUUUAAAAAUUACUUCUUAGCAGAAAUGCAUUAUAGAUUAUAAACAACACACAAAAUGCUGUAAGAACUCAGCAAGUCAGGCCAUAUCUAUGGAGGGGAAUAAAUAAUCAAAGUUUCAGGGCUCAAUAAUAUGUGUUUCAUUGAAGUGAAUUAAUUACUUCCAAAUCAUAUUAAAUAAAUAAAAUACUGUGGUAUUUUUGGACUUGUAUCAUUGGAUUACAUUCCACUGAACAGAGGGAGUUAGUCACCUUGCUGAAUUAAUGUUAGUUCUUUAGUCCAACAUUCCAAAUGCUAAUCUCAGCUUUAUGCUACUUAAAAUGCCCCUACUUCAAUAUUUCUACAUUAUCCCUCUAAAUAAUAUUACGGUCUUUCCUCCCAAGUCAAGCAUUUACUUACAGAAAUCCCUCUUUCCAUUAUAACAACUAAGUUGUUGACCUCCUUGUCACUGAUUUUUCGGACAAAGGAAGAUAAUGUUCUUGAUUUAUUCCAGUAAAAUCCUUCUUAAUCUUAACCAUCUUUUCAUUUGGAAAUAGCACCAGUAGCACAAGCCUCUAUUUCUAGCUAUUGCUUCUCACUCCGCUACAGUCUAUAGCUUUUAAUGUCAAAAACUGUGUACAGCACACAAAAAUGUACAACCUUACAAAAAUAAAUAAUAUUGACAGAG